GAGCUGAGUGGAGGAAGCCGGCGUCAGUCAGAGGCAGGGCGAGGCCGGGCGGCGGGGGAUGGCGGCCCCCACCCGGCGCCGGGGCUCCAGUCGUGGAGAGCGGCGGCACCAUGCGGGCGGCCGCCGGGGAGGUGGCGGGCGUCCUCUGCCUGGUGGCCCUGGCUGCAGCGCUGGAUUUCGGGUACCACCACACCGAGGAGCUGGAGGCGUACCUGAGGGAGGUUCACGCCGCCCACCCGUCCCUCACUCACCUGCACAGCAUCGGGCGCUCGGUGGAAGGUAGAGACCUGUGGGUUCUUGUUCUGGGAAGGUAUCCAACCCAACAUAAGAUUGGCAUUCCAGAGUUCAAGUAUGUUGCUAAUAUGCAUGGGGAUGAGACUGUUGGGCGAGAAAUCCUGCUCCAUUUGAUAGACUACCUGGUGACCAACUACAGACGUGACCCAAAUAUUACCCAGUUACUCAAUAAUACCCGGAUUCACAUCAUGCCAACAAUGAAUCCUGAUGGAUUUGAAGCUACAAAAGUGCCUCAUUGUUAUUACUCACGAGGAAGGUACAAUAAGAACGGAGAGGAUCUGAACAGGAAUUUUCCUGACGCCUUUGAAAAUAACAACAACACCAUUCAGCCAGAGACUCGAGCGGUGAUGAACUGGAUAAAAAAUGAAACGUUUGUUCUGUCAGCGAACUUGCAUGGGGGUGCCCUGGUUGCCAGCUACACGUUCGAUAACGGUAACGCAGUUACUGGCUCAUCAAAAGGCUACAGCAGGUCUCCAGAUGAUGAUGUUUUUAUUCACCUGGCAAAGACCUAUUCUUUCAACCAUGCCAGCAUGUACAAAGGGACUGGGUGUGACAACAGGCAAACCUUUCCAGACGGCAUCACCAAUGGGUAUUCCUGGUACCAGCUGGAAGGUGGAAUGCAAGAUUACAACUAUGUCUGGGGACAAUGUUUUGAAAUCACAUUGGAGCUGUCAUGCUGUAAAUAUCCUCCGGCAGACCAGUUGGAGAAAUUCUGGAGAGACAACAAAGUUGCUCUGGUUGAAUAUAUAAAACAAGUACACCUAGGAGUCAAAGGUCAGGUUACUGAUAGGAAUGGAAAUCCUAUUCCCAAUGCGAUCGUGGAAGCCCAAGGGAGGUCUCAUGUCUGCCCGUACAGAACAAACGAACACGGAGAGUACUUUCUUCUCCUUUUGCCUGGGAAGUAUGUGAUCAAUGCUACUGUACCUGGAUUUAAGUCGAUGCUGAAGACGGUGGAAAUACGUGAUAACACUGGUAACUUCAGUGCUUUGAAACAAGACUUCUCUUUCUCAGAAGUCUCUAUCAGAACAAGACCUGCUUCGUGUCCUAAAACGCCCUUGUACCAAGAGCUUGAACGUUCUUCAGCUGCGGUAAAACCAACUCUACACAUCUUGGUUUUAAUGACCGCCGUGAUUCUGCUUUUCAAAUAAAGUCAGGGAUGACGUGACAGGGCAAAAUCUUCCUGCACAAAGGUGGCUUUUGAAACAAGGAAUUGUGUAUGUAAAAGAAUGUAUGUUUUUAUGAACCAAAUUCUCAGAUUUAUAAUCACGUUUAUUGUAUUUUGUAAAUUACUGCCUUGACAAUCAAAUGUUGUACUUUAAUUGUAAUAGACUAUCGUAUUUUUCUACAUAUUUAGAGUAAAUAUUUUACUCUAAAGAAAAACUGUACAGCCUAUGGAGGUAAUUGUUCAAUUUUGAUGCAGGUAGUUACACAUCUUUUGAAGAACUUGCCAGAGUUCAAAAACAGUCUAAGCUUGUACUGCCUCUGUUUCAAACUGUUUCAGUGUUGAACUAACAGUUCAUGUGCCCGCACAACUGUAAGCAAGUAGCUCAAUCCUAAUGUCUUGUAAUAAAGCCACUGCUAUAAAUGAAGAAUGACAUUUUGAAGAAUGCUCUUUCUUGUCUAGACAAACGAGACCAAUCGGGGCUGAAAUAAGAUUGGUAACACAUGGUAGAAGAAAAGAAGAUGGAAAUAAAUAACCAUCUGUAAGUGCCCAAGGGCCAUGCUGCUGGAGCUUGAUGAUAGCCUGUGCCAUCAGGCAAAAGACAGUAAUGUAGGUCUUUGAAAAAGCGUUCCUCUAAGACAGAACUAUUGAAAGCGACAUAGAGACAGCCCCCUUAAGCUUUAUACAGUUGCCUUUUUUUUAACUGAAUGUGUUACAGAGCAGAACCAUAAUUCACAAUUUUUCAAUCUAAAUAACUUCAGCUAUUUGUUGUUUUUUUAAGCAUGUUUCACAGCCCUCUUACUCCCUCUUUAGCUCAUGCCUGGUAUCUGCACAGCAGAAGCUGGAAGGUGUGCUUCAGGAGGAGCGACCAUUGUACAGCAGCUGGUUUCUAAGGGCUGUGCUAACAGUGCGCUAUCAGGUGCGGAUUUAGCAGAUUCCUUUUACCUUGGUCAGUUGUAAACCAUUUUCAAGGCACUUUGAAGCUGUUCAGCAAACUCAGAUGUUACCGAGUGAAGUCAGUGUCACCGCGUGUGUUUAUUUUGAAGCUUCGUCUGCUGCUAAUUUUCUUAAGCAGUUUUAAAAGCAGCCAGAAGAGAUUAUCUUUGGAAACGUCUACGUUUUCCUGCACACAGUAAAUCAAAAAUGCAGGAACAGAGUAAAUCUUUUGAUAAAAGUAGUUUUUUGAAGUGUACCACUGUUACUGCAGAGGUGCUCCUGUGUUUCACAUCACGACAUACCAGCUGGGCCGUGGGUCCCAGUCUGAGUGUAAAUACACUUUUGGUAUUGGAACACCAAUGCACUCAGAACGGCAUCUCAUUACAUACAGACUGUACGUAAGAUACUGUUGUGUCAUCGUCUUUUGUUUGUUGUAUCUCAUCCAUUUGAACUUUCUACCUUUCUUCCCCUUUUAAAUGUUGUGGAGUGUUUACUAGUCAAAGCCAUAACCAAUUAUCCACUAAUCCCUCCAGAGCGGAUUGGUUCCAGUUCUGUUACAUAUAGCUAGAGCGCCCUGAAGUUCAAAAUACUCCAAAAGCAGGAACAUGAGCGACGACUCCAUGCUACCAGCCAAGUGAGGGGAGAAAGAAGCUGCACUGUUGUUUCACAGAAUUAAGAGGCUGUAUGAAAAUGAAGUAGGAGAACUUUAAAGGAAAAAAAAAAAAAAUCAUUGACAUGAAAAAAAAAGCACUAAGGAGCAUAUAAACACAUCUUUAUUUAAAGCUCUUAGCCAUCAUAGUUAAUUUUCUCAGAAAAACUGAAAACCAAAACACAUAAAUGCAAUACACAUGAAAAUUCUUCUCACAAAGGGAACUACGCGCGGUGCGAUUUGAGUGGACAGCUGCACGUGAAUGGCUACUGGACGCAGCAGGACGUGCGGUGGUUAGCUACAAGGUUCACACACGUCACCGCACGUGUGUUCAGCAACCUACGCGUGGUGGUAAAAUUGCAUAGUUGUUUAACUUCACUAUUAAACUCUCUAUUUAAUAACAAUUCCAACUCUGCACAGUCAGACAACAAAGUAAGACUCUGCUUUUGGAAAAGCAAUCUGUUAUUUUAGGUAUUUAUGUAAUCUUCACGCUGACUGCCAUCAACUUAGCAAAAAAAACAAACAGGAAAACCUGCCCCUUGAAAGUCAGCCUGUUAACUUAAAGCAACAUCUACUAAAAGGGGAGAGAACACCCUCUGAAGUAUAACCCACAACUUUUACACAUACAAUAGGUAUGACAGAGAGGCAUUCAAAUUUUCAGCGUGGCUGUGGUAAAUAAAAGCAAGUACACAUUAGUUGAAAGCAACAAUUUUUCCUUUUCAGUAAGUUCAGUCUAUUGUUAAGAAAAAUACCUUAAGCCCACGCUUGGGGGUUGGUUGGACUUAUUUUUUUCACUCUUUUGCUUGCUCAAACUUUAAACUAAGUAACC